UUGUGGCCAACCAAAACGAACGAAUAUUUAGACCAUCAUUAUCGGUGAAAUGGGUUUCUAAUUUCUUUUUUCCUUUUUUAUUUUCGCUGAUUUAAAAAAAAAAAAAAUUAAAAAAAUGAACUAAUCGCGGAUCGGCACAUGUCGGUGGAACCCGUGAACAGUGCAAAAAACCCACCACAGUCGUUUCUUCAUUCACGACUUUUGGAACCGACCAUUUUUGUGGGAUCCACGCUAUUAGAGACUCCCUUAUAACCGGUGGUGUUCUUAUUUUCUAUAUUUGAAAAUAAAAAAUAUUCUAAAAUGAGAGUAAAGUUCGAGACGUAUUGGGAAAAAGAAUCACAUAGAUAUAAAAUAGUCUUUUUUUGAAAAAUGUUGAUGCUAUUACUUACGGGAGUAUUAUUAAUUUUUUUUAUUAAUUUUGUUUUUUUUUUAAUAUUUGAAAAUUGAGACUCCGCUCCCAACAGACAUCACUAAAUAGUCUCGAGUUGUUUGCUUCUCAAUUUACCAAUCUCUCUCUUAUAGUUUAACAAUACAUCUUCUUCUUUCUUCUUCCUCGUCAACCGAUUUGAUUUCUUCAAUCAAUCCCAACCAGAGAAAUUUGGCGUAGAGAUAACAUUUGUGAUGGCGGACCAAACAACCGAUUCAACAUCUCCUUCGGCUCUUGUCUCCGCAUCGUCUCCGAAGAAAGAAAACACCAAUCCUGUUGAUUCCAAGCUCACUGAACUAAGCGAAUCAAGGGCCGAGUUGCUUAACAGGAUCCAAAAUCUCAAGCAGGACUUGCAAAGUUGGAGAGGUAAGCUUGACACCCAAGUUCAAGUCUACCGUGAGGAGCUCUCUGGGCUGAAGAAGACUCUUAAUCUUGAAGUUGAGCAGCUCCGUGAGGAAUUCAAAGAUCUUAAAACCACCUUGAAUCAGCAGCAAGACGAUGUCUCUGCUAGCCUCAAAAGCUUAGGCCUGCAAGAGAACUCUAAAGAUUCUGAAGGGCAAAUGGAUAAGAAAAGCGAGGCGAAAGAAGAGAAAGUGGAACCUCUGUUGAUUGAUGAGAAUGCUAAAGAAGCAGAGCAUCAUUAGACCAUGAAAAUGUUUCUUCUUUUGGCUGGCUACUACUACCUUGAGAUUGUACCGUUACUCUUUUAAAUAUGCUAGUACUGCGGUUUUAGUUACAA